AUGACACCUACCUCAAAUACUUCUUCAUCUUCUCGAUCGUCUUCAAUGACGGAUUCUUCAAAAACGAGUUAUUCUUCGUCUGAUGACUUUUUCCCUCAAGAAUUGACGGAGAAACUUCAAUACGUAAUGAGACAAGGAGAGGGUGUCGAAUUCUGUGACUCAAAUUACCAAUCCAUGAAAUUUAAUGAUUAUACUUUCACGUCAAACAACGAAAUGAGCACUUUCAAUUAUCAAUUAGCCCAGCACGAAACAUUAGGAAGCUGUUCAUCAAAUCAAAAAUUAUGUCCACCACCGCCACUUGAUAUUGAUAUAUUAUCCAAAACUUCGCCUGAUGACCAAAUUUUAUCGCCCGCUGAGUUUGAUGCUAUAUUCGCAUCUUUUUCUGCUAUUGCUGGUGAGCCAGAUGAUUAUGAAUUUGAUAGUUUUCCACCUACGUUAACAGAUGCGCCCUCGGAAGAUGAGAAAUUAUCAAAAGCUCUUGAUUCCAUUUCAAUUCAAUAA